AUGCCUCAACGUCCCAUUGCACAUGAUGACUCAGAGUCCGAGUUAGACUACAAUGACAUAUCUGAUUUGGACAAUGCACCGGUGGCAGGGAUCUCGUCAACCACCACUCAGUCAUCGGCUUCUGUGCAGGGUGGAGACAUGGAGAUCAUUCGAAGUCUGCAACUAGAAAACCAGUCACUUAAAAAUAACAAUAGGACUCUGGGCGAGAAGAACAAAAUCUUGGCAUCCAAUCAACAUCGACGUUCGAGUGCGCAAGUUCCCGACGAGCUGAAGGCUUACGACGUUGAACUCUCAACCUUUGCUCACAAAUAUGGUGUCAUUGCUGAGAUGUUCCCACCCGAGCACCGUGUUCUCAGAUUGCUCGUGCCAAACCCUCCGCCCAUGAUCAUAUCUGCUAGUCGCUACGCAAGCAAGAGUGCCGAAGAGCUUUGUCUUGUGACAGAGGUGUAUUCACUUCUACCGGAUCACCUCCAUUGUUUCGUACCUACCUCUCAUUUUCAAUCAUUGCUAGAGCAGCAUCUCCAAGGCGGGCGCUCGAGUGAGAUCGGCAAACUACGCUUGAUGGCAGGGCGUAUUUUUGGUCUGGAUUCGUCCUACUUUGACCUGUGUUUCAUGAAGCAGGAUACCAUUCCUGAAAUCCAGAAGAUGCUCGGACCAGGUACCACUGGUGCUCGCUCCUCUCCGUCAAAAUUUCCGCCCAUCCUUUUUGCAAACCGAGAGAUGGACCCCACGAUGUCCACGGUUUUUGGUAAUUGGGAACCACUCGCAAAGGCAAUUAGGAUCGUGAUGUUCGGAAAGAAUUCACUGGACAUUUCUGGGUGGCCGCGUGCUAAGUGCAAUGCUCAAAAAUGGGGCACAACGUCCUGUACUCCCGGUCUUCUUGCAUGGGGUUGGGUCGCAUUGAUAUUCAUCCUUUCUCCUGAUACUUCAUUCGCGAAAGCUGGAGUUGGCGCAAAGUCUCGGCUACCACAUGCUGCCAUGUUUACGGCCUACAAGCAGCUGUGGGUCUCCCUUUGGGAUCAACCUCGCAUUUGCUUGAUCCGCAAAAAGAUCGACGCCUACGUGUGGCAAUCAUCUUCGACUUCCAAUGUUGCGACGUCUGACGCUGAAGGUGAAGAUUUUACCUCUGAUCUGAUGUGUUUGGCCAUCACAAAUGCAGGGUGCAAGGAAUCUGACUUUCCUGGACCGACUACCGACAACAUUCCUGGAACGACUACCGACAACACCUCCGAUAUUCCUAGACCAGUCACCCCCAUUUCACCCAUAGUCAUUCCGGCAGCAUCUGCGUCAGCCCUUACUCCUGGACCUGCAGUACCGGUCAUUGUUCCUGCUGCACCGGCCAUCCCAGUGCUUGGCCCUGCAAAAACUACCACCGCCCCAGAUCCCAAUCCUACAAUCCUCCUGCCUGCUCAACCGACCCCAACUGUGGCAUCUGCAGGUGUGGUCCAGGGUGCAGCUGCUGUUGCAGUCACUGCGGCCCUUGAAUUUCCUCCCGCAGCUGCUGAAGUAUUACCCAAUGACGUGGAGAUUCUACCAGCGGUGGCAGCAGCUCCAUCCUCUGGCCGUCGGGGCCGAGGAAGGCAGGCGGGGAUGCUGGCACCUGUGUCUAGUGGGCCAGCAGGCCAGCAGGCCAGCCGACCAAAGCGAUCCCGGAAAAAGUAG